GGGGCGGAGCGAGUGUGAAGCUCAGUGUGUAUUGAAACUCUCUUUUCUGUCCCUGCAUUCCAACCCUCAUCAAAGCCUGAACGAGAGAAGAGGAAAAAAAAACCCAUAAAUAAUACCAUGGUGAGAUCGGCCCGUUUUGAGGAUCGACCCAUGGAUGCGCGUUCUCAGGAAUCGGCCGCGAUUGGAUUCGGAAGCAGCGAGGAAACGCACGCCUGUAAUCCACUUUUGAUUUCUUUUCAGCACUAAAGCGAUGGGGGCCAAACAGAGACGUUUUCUUUUUCAUUUUUAAAGAGGGACGCAAGAUGGCAGAUGACAGACCGAGCGAGAACCACGAAGCACUCCGUUUCGCUUUAAAGAUAUGAAGGGCUGCCUGUUUGUUUUCGGAGGUGUAUCGGAAUAAGACUUCAUUUUUUUUCUCGCCCGAAGAGAUCAAAGUGAUCAAGUGUUCUCUAGACUUGGUUGCAUACCAGUGUAUGUUCUCUCUGUGUUCCUUUGUUAUAAUGAGGGGAAGUCUAGUAUGAGCGUAGUCUACACAUAUGUGUAAGAAUUAACCGACCGGUCUGGUUAAGAUCGUUGUUUUCUAUGAAAUUCAGAUAUAUAAGACGCUACGGCGAUGUGCGAUAUGAAUAUUUUAAUGUAAAGUGUAACGCACGUCUGUACGGAGCUCUAGCAGAGCCAUUAUAAUCCUCUUUGGGAGUAAAAUCCAUGUCAGUGUGAUGCUAUGUCAAAAUAGCAUUGGACGAAAACAACAAACGCCUUGUCGUGAGAAUAAUAAUUUACUUUCAACAGCUUUUAUUAGUCUCUGGCUCUAGGCUGUUUUUGAAAAACGGCCUAUCAGCGUGUCUUUACCUACUAGCUGUCAGGAGACUUGACUAUUCAUAGUCGUCACACAAGACUAGUAGGCGCAGGAAUCAGCCACACAUGUAGAACACGAACUAGUGUGUUGGCAUUUAAAGUCACAAGACAAGAAAAGUCCACUUUUAGUGCUGUGGCAACACAAAAUUCUCUCGACGCCUACAGUUGACACCGACGAAUGAAGAAGUGGGUGGUGUAAUGAUGUUGCCUUGAGCUAAAGUGUGCUAAAGUAUACUCUUCUAGAGUAUUUGCACUCUCAUUGGCAGAAAGUUGAGCUUUAAAACGAGAUCCUUGUGGUUCCGCGCCACCCAUUUCAGGUAUCAAACCUAUUUUAUGCAGUUGAGCUUUAAAGAUGGCUGAGAACUGGAAGAACUGUCUGGAGGAAGAGCUCAUAUGCCCUAUUUGUUUGAACGUGUUCUCGGAGCCGGUUCAGCUCCCGUGCAAACACAACUUCUGCCGUAUGUGCAUCAACGAGGCCUGGUCUAAAGACACAGGAAUGGUUCGCUGUCCAGAAUGCAACCAUGCCUACAGCCAAAAACCAGCUUUGGAGAAGAACCACAAACUGUCCAACAUUGUGGAGAAGUUUAACGCGUUAAACGUCGAGAAGACGCCGGCGGUUCUGCAUUGCAUUCUGUGCCGGCGCGGCCCUCCGCUUCAAGCCCAGAAGGUUUGCCUCAGGUGCAACGCGCCCUGUUGCCAUUCUCACGUGCAGACACAUCUCCAACAACCUUCGUCCAACGCUGGACACUUGCUGGUGGACGCCGAGGACGUGCGAGCCUGGAGCUGUCCGCAGCACGACGAGUACAGACUAUAUCAUUGUGAAACCGAGCAUGUGGCCGUCUGCCAGUACUGCUGCUUCUCCAGAUGUGCUACCAACCACGGCCACGCGGUGUGCGAUAUAGAAGUCAGACGCAACGAUAUCAGACAAAUGCUGAUCAAACAGCAGGAUCGAAUCGAGGACCGGGUUCAGGACAUUGAAGAGCAGCUCUACAAAUUAGAAUCUGACAAAUGUCUCAUGGAGGACAAAGUGCAGCACCUGAAGGAGGAGGUGCAGUUGCAGUAUCAGAAAAUGCAGCAGCUCUUAGAGGAGGAUCUGGGGAAGACCCUGGAGGUCCUGGAUAAGGCCCAUUCUAAGUUCUGCCAGGAGAACUCAGCACAGGCCUUGCAGCUUCACCAGAAACAGCAAGAGGCGAAGAAACUGCUCAGCUCCAUCCAGAUGGUUUUUGAUAAGGCGGAGGACAUCGGUUUUAUGAAGAACACAAAAUCUGUGAAAAUACUAAUGGACAGGUCUCAGUCGUAUGUGGGCAGCACAUUGUCACCAUACAAAGUGGGCAGCCUCAACUCCAAACUCUUUCUGUCUGAAAUCUCUAAAAGAGAAAAGAACCUCUGCAAGAUGCUGGAAGCUCCGUUCAGCGCUCCUGCGAACUUUUUCCAGAGCAUUCCGGCGUACCUGUGCGAGAAGCGCAGGCACUCGGUGGCGUUCCCCGAAGGCAGCGGCAGCAGCAGCCGAGCGGGCGCCAGCUUCAUGGACUCUUCCACCUCAUCAGGCCCUGCGGCUGCCAAGCAGCCGUGCCUGAGUCUCACUCAGGGCUCUGCCCCAGGCGAAGGUCAGUCCUCCCAGCAAGCUCUAGGGCCGUGUGGUUCCACCCAGCACGUAGGAAGCAGCAGCUCAGCCUCUGGCUCUCAACCCUUAGCGCACUCGGCCUCGGUAUUCCCGCACUCCCAUUACCCAAACGGCAGCUCCUCCCAGCUGCCCCAGUACGGAGCGCGGAAGAUCCUGAUGUGCACGGUCGAUAACUGUUACUGCUCAGGGGUGCCCUCUGUGUCCAAUCACCGCGGACAUCCACCCUACCCUCGCUCCAGCUCCUUCCCCUGGCCGGUGAGCUCGCAGGAGUACUCCCACGCCCCUCUGCCCUCGGCCCCGGCCAUGUCGCAGUCUCUCCAGAGCCUGUCCAUGCGCGACUGGAUCGACGCGUCUCAGUCGCACAGGCACACUGACUUCUACAGCCUCUACGGCCAGUCUUCCACCAAGCAUUACGUGACCAGUUAACCCCUGUUCCAGUGACUGCUGCCAGUCACCAGAUGGGGCACUGAGAGAUGUCUUAAAGAGAUGCAUGUGGGGCAUUUUUGUACGCAGACCUUAUCAAUCAUAUAGAACGAACUCGGAUGAACUGCUGAAGUCCGAGAGCAGUGAAAAAGAAAGUUAAUAUCACAAAGUCAAGCAUAGCUUUGCACAUUAUUUAGGCACUAAUGGUGUUGUGAUUAUGUACCAUGAACGCAAGUUGCUCUUCUAAAAAUAACACUCAAUGUUUGCAAGAGAGGACUGAGGAUGCUGUCGUUUGUCGAUUCAUCAAUAAUGUUGCACUUUCUUCGUAAGAUCCAAAUUUUCCGCAAUUGCCGUUGACUCAUCAGGUGACGAAACGAUGGAAGUCGGCAGUAAAACCAUUAAGUCGGCUCUUAAUGAAACUUAUUAAGGCGAUUUACUGUUGAGAGAAUUGUAGCCCACGAAGUUUUAUUAACUUCACAUGGUUGUCAUUUGUUAGAACACCCAUGUGCAAAAACUCUGUAUAGUUUUCCCAGCCUUUCAUAUUUUGUUCAAAUUGGAGUCUGUGGUCUUUUUAUCCGUCACAGAUAGCACAAGCACAUGUUAAUUUUAACCGUUUUUUAACCAGCCCGGAAACUGGAACAGCACAGCGUUGUCAUCGCCGCCAUUGUUCGCUUGACCUUCCCUACUGAAUGCAGCUUUUUAAUGGAAAUGGCCUUCACCUUGGUUCGCAGUCGUCUCCUCAGGCUUCCAAAGUAAGCGAGAACGCGCCUCAACCCACAACCUUCAAUCUGGUCCCCAUCCAGACGGCGCUGUGUCUCUCUCACGCCCUUCAAAGCCACAGAAACGCUCCCCUUUACAUCCUGUAUGUUAAACGCAGGAUGCAUUGGUUUCGCAUUCUUUCGUUUACCCGUGGCCUCUCAUUAUAUCUGACUCAACGGCGGCUCUAGCGCAAACGUGUCAGCCGAAGACAGAAGAAAUGGCCUGUGUUCAGAGGGUCAUGGUGCACUUGAUGCCUCUGCAUUUACUGUCAAUGCUGUAAUUGUUCUUCCUUGUGUUUCAUGCCGUUUCCGGCUCCAAGCAACGGAGCCUCUGGCUUCCUGUUUGUUACUGAGUGCAUGUGGAAAAGAGUUUAUGAGCACUCGUAGAAAAAUAAUAAAACUGCUAGCAGUUAUAAAAUGACUUUUGAAACAGGGAAUGAAGUUUUUGGUUUUGUUUUCUAUUUUUUUUUUUUUUAGAUCUACUUAUGAGAAACAUUGACCAAUGAACGUUACAAAACUAACUGAACACUUGGGAUAAAAUGGAGGGAUUUUCUGUUGUAAAUAUUUUGUGAAAUGAAAAAGAAAGACUUGUAAUUUGGAAAGAUCCUUGUUCAAAUAAAUGCUAAUUUCAAGAA